AUGGCCCAUACCCAGGACAUCUCCAUUGCCCACACAGUCACCAAACUCCACGAUGCUGCCACUCCCUCUCAGCCACCAAUCCUCCUCGUCUUCAUCAACGGUCUCAUGCUCCCCCGUGCCCUCUGGCAGCCCACCCUCUCCCUCCUGCCACCACUCCUCGCCAACUCCCCCACAUCAAUUUACGCCCUAACCUACGACCGCUACGGCCAAGGCGAAUCCCGCAAACCUUCCCCUUGGAAAGCCGAACAGCACGACCUCUCCGCCGCCGCCGCCGAGCUCGAAUCCCUCCUCUGCAAAACCUUUACCACACACCCAGAUCUGACCCCCACCUCCCGCCAUCCAACCCUAAUCCUCAUCUCCCACAGCAUCGGCGUCCCCCUCGCCCGCCUCCACAACGCCACGACCGCCCAUCCAGCCACCGCGCACCUCUUCCUCGACAGCAACAUCUCCAACACCGACUUCGUCUCAAUUUUCCCUGAUCCGGACGCGGCAGACUUCGAUCCCGCCACUCUCCCCGAGGGUACCACCAUCGACGACCUACGCGGCCUACGAGAGCGCACCAAGGCCAUGUUCCACCCGUCAGUACCAAAUCCAGAGGGGCUCAAUCGCUCGACGGUCUCGGCGCUGGUGCCGCAUGCCGACCAGCCGAAGCUGCGAGGCCCUAUUGGGGGUGGUGAGGAAGGAGAAAGGGGGGCUUGGUUGACGGUGGUUGGGCAUGAUCCCGUGGCGUUUGCGGAGGAAGGGCUGAGGUUACAGGGAACGCCGGUGGCGCUGAAUUAUGCGUAUAUGCAGCCGGUGUGGGAUGCGUAUAAUGAAGGGUUGGUGAAGCUCGUGGAGGAGGGGAGGGCAAAGGGGGUGGUGAUCGCUAAGGGGGCAGGGCAUUUCGUGCAGAGGGAUAAUCCGACAUGCGUAGCGGAGGAGAUUGUUGAUUUGGUAAACAAGGUUAUUGGGAAGGACUGA